ACACCGACUCAGUGCAGUGCGGCCGCUCAGCUGAUGCCUGUCCUCACAGCCGAAGCCAGCGGGGCGUUUUGGGGUUUCUAUUGCCCCGUCUCUUUGCUCUGCCAUUGAAUCCUUUCAUCAGAGGGCUGGGUCGGCUACCCCCCCCCCCCCCCCCCCACCCCCCCUGCCGCCCUCUGGACCAUAGGCUCCUGGAGACUUUGUCAUCAGUGAAGAGAGAAGAACCGGGUGGGAUCUGAGCUGUGGAGAUGUGGUGAGGGGAAGGUGGGAUUCUGCGAGAAGACGGAGAAGAAGAGGGAGAUGCUCCAGCAGCAUCUCUGAAUCCCCCUCCCCGCUCCUCUAUUUGCAUCCCCCCCCACCACCUCCUCCUGUCUAGCCGAUGCUCCCCUUAAUGCAAUAACACACUCCUUCAGUCAAGACGAGCAGCUCUUGGCGAGCAGGAAACAUGUCACAGACUAGGAGAAGCGCAUACAGCCGGACCACCAGCAGCGGCAGCAGCAGGAUGAGCUCAGACGGAGGCGGGCGGCCCGUCAAAGUGGGCUCCCUGGUGGAGGUGAUCGGCAAGGGGCAGCGCGGCACGGUGGCCUACAUCGGAACCACGCUCUUCGCCUCUGGCAAGUGGGUGGGUGUCAUCCUGGACGAGCCCAAGGGCAAGAAUGACGGCACGGUGCAGGGCAAGCGGUACUUUACCUGCGAAGAGAACCACGGCAUCUUUGUCAGGCAGUCGCAGAUCCAGCUGGUUGACGACGGAGCGGACACAUCUCCGGAGACACCUGAGCCAACCACCGGCAGGGUCCCCAAACGAGAGAUCCUGGAGACGUCCAAGUCUGCCAAACUGCGAGGACUGAAGCCCAAAAAGACUCCUGCAACCCGGAAGACCACGGCCAGAAGGCCCAAGCAGCCCAGCCGACCUGCGGGCGGCGGAGGGAAGGGGGCUGCGUCCGGCUCAGCAUCGGCGUCUGCUGGCGAGAUGAGCAGCAGCGAGCCCAGCACGCCGGCACAGACCCCCCUGGCAGCUCCGGUCAUCCCUACCCUCCACUCUCCUGGAAACCCCCCGCCCCCUGUGCCCAGCAAGGAGGAAAUCGUUAUGGAAACGCAGGAGGAGGAGGCUCUGCGCGCUCAGGUGAAGGACCUGGACGAGAAGCUGGAGACGCUGAAGAUGAAGCGAACAGAGGACAAAGCCAAACUGAAGGAGCUUGAGAAGCACAAGAUCCAGCUGGAGCAGCUCCAGGAGUGGAAGACCAAGAUGCAGGAGCAGCAGGCGGAGCUGCAGAAACAACUCAAAGAGGCAAAAAGGGAGGCUAAAGAAGCCAUGGAGGCCAAGGAGCGCUACAUGGAGGAGAUGUCGGACACGGCCGACGCCAUCGAGAUGGCAACUCUGGACAAGGAGAUGGCUGAGGAGCGAGCCGAGUCCUUGCAGCUGGAGGUCGACUCCCUGAAGGAGAGAGUCGAGGAGCUCACCAUGGACCUGGAGAUCCUGAAGCAUGAAAUCGAGGAAAAAGGCUCAGACGGUGCUGCCUCCAGCUACCAUGUGAAGCAGCUGGAAGAACAGAACGGCAGGCUAAAGGAAGCUUUGGUCAGAAUGCGGGACCUGUCCGCGUCGGAGAAGCAGGAACACGUGAAGCUGCAGAAGCAGAUGGAGAAGAAAAACAUGGAGCUGGAUUCUCUGAGAGGCCAGAAGGAAAAACUGCAAGAAGAGAUGACGGCAGCAGAAAAGACUAUUGAUGAGCUGAAAGAGCAGGUGGAUGCGGCUUUGGGGGCGGAGGAGAUGGUGGAGACUCUGACAGAGAGAAACCUGGAUCUGGAGGAGAAAGUCAGAGAGCUGAGAGAGACGGUCACGGACCUGGAAGCUAUAAAUGAGAUGAACGAUGAGCUGCAGGAGAACGCUAGAGAAACGGAGCUGGAGCUCAGAGAGAUGCUGGACCUGGGAGCGGCGAGAGUCCGUGAGGCCGAGAAACGAGUCGAGGCGGCCCAGGAGACCGUGGCAGACUACCAGCAGACCAUCAAGAAGUACCGAGAGCUGACAGCUCACCUGCAGGAGGUGAACAGAGAGCUGACCAGCCAGCAGGAGGCCUCAGCAGAGCUGCAGCAGCAGCCGCCAGCAGAGAUGUUUGAUUUCAAGAUUAAGUUUGCAGAGACGAAGGCUUAUGCCAAGGCUAUUGAGAUGGAGCUGAGGAAGAUGGAGGUGGCCCAGGCCAACAGACACGUGUCUCUUCUGACCUCCUUUAUGCCUGAAUCCUUCCUUCGUCACGGUGGAGACCAUGACUGCAUCCUGGUCCUGCUGCUCAUCCCCAGACUCAUCCAGAAGGCUGAGCUGAUCAGCAAGCAGGCGCAGGAGAAGUUUGACCUGAACGAAAACUGCGUGGAGCGAGCCGGCCUGAAGGGAGCCGCCGGUGAGCAGCUGAGCUUCGCGGGCGGCCUCGUCUACUCCCUCAGUCUGCUGCAAGCUACUCUCCACAAAUAUGAGCAAGCUUUGUCUCAGUGCAGCGUAGAGGUCUACAAGAAGGUGGGCUCUCUGUACCCGGAGAUGAGCGUUCACGAACGCUCCCUGGAUUUCCUCAUCGACCUGCUGCACAAAGACCAGCUGGAUGAGACGGUCAACGUGGAGCCACUCACCAAGGCCAUUAAAUACUAUCAGCACCUGUAUAGCAUCCAUCUGAUAGACCAGAAUGAGGACUGCACCAUGCAGCUGGCUGAUCACAUCAGAUUCACCCAGAGUGCCUUGGACUGCAUGGCGGUGGAGGUGGGCCGCCUGCGGGCGUUCCUGCACACGGGCCAGGAGAAGGCUGACCUCGCCGUGCUGCUGAAGGACUUGGAGACGUCCUGCAGCGACAUCAGGCAGUUCUGUAAGAAGAUUCGCCGCAGAAUGCCAGGAACAGACGCGCCCGGGAUCCCCGCGGCGCUUAGCUUUGGGCAGCAGGUGUCCGACACGCUCUCCGACUGCAGGAAACACCUGACCUGGGUGGUGGCGGUGCUGCAGGAGGUGGCUGCUGCCGGAGCCCAGAUGAUGUCUCCUCUCGGGGAACAGGACGGGCUGGCUGCAGUUAAGCUGGAGGAUGUGGCGUUCAAGGCGGCUGAACAGAUCUAUGGAUCUCAGGGUGCCAACCCGUACGAGUGUCUGCGGCAGUCCUGUAGCAUUGUCAUAGCAACCAUGAAUAAAAUGGCGACUGCCAUGCAGGAGGGAGAGUAUGACUCAGAUAAGCCCCAGAGCAAGAACCCUCCUCCGGUGGAUCUGAGAGCUGGAGCUCUCCGAGCAGAAAUCACAGACGCAGAAGGUCUCGGCUUGAAGCUGGAGGACAGAGAAACUGUUAUCAAAGAGCUAAAGAAGUCUCUAAAGAUAAAGGGAGAGGAGCUGAGCGAGGCGAACAUCCGUCUCAGCCUGCUGGAAAAGAAGCUGGACAGCUCGUCCAAAGACGCAGACGAACGCGUUGAGAAGAUCCAGACCCGCCUGGAUGAGGCCCAGACCCUGCUGAAGAAGAAGGAGAAGGAGUUUGAGGAGACCAUGGACGCCCUGCAGGCGGACAUCGACCAGCUGGAGUCCGAGAAGUCGGAGCUGAAGCAGCGAAUCAACAGCCAGUCGAAGAUGACCGCUGACGGACUGAGAGGCAGCGGCCCAUCGGGAAUCGCCUCCAUCGUCUCUGGAAUAGCUGGAGAGGAACAGAAAGGCAACAUGAUAGCAGGAGUCGACUCGGGCUCCGGCGUCCAGGUGAUCGACUCUCCUCUGCUGACUCAGCAAAUCGAAGCUCAGAGACUCUGCAUCAAGCACCUGAAGAACGAGAACAACAGGCUGAAGGCCGAGAAGAUGCGAACUCAGCUCGCCUCGCUGCCGCCUCUCAACGUCACCAAGCUUCCCUCCAAGGAAGGACGUCCUGAAGUGCUCUCCAGCGCCCUCUACCGCAAGACCGACCAGCUGCUGGAGACUUUGCUCCAGAUGAGCGCCAACGUCAAGGUGGUGGACGUCACUGGGAAGUCUCCGGUGACACCUAGCGCUCAGCUCCUGGAGCAGACGGCGCGUCUCCAGUCCCUGAGAGAGACCCUGGACAAACUGAAGGGCGAGGUAGCAGAGCAUGUGGUCAACCUGCAGCCUGGAGCUCGAGUCUCGUCAGAUUUCGCUACGUUCCCCUCCACCUCCUUCGUUAAGGCGACCGAAGAGAAACACUCGGACACGGUGCUGGUGGGUCGAGUCAUGUUGCCAUGUCCUCGUGGUCAGGAGCAGGUCCACCGCCUCGUUCUGUCCCAGUCCCAGCUGCAGAGAGUCCACGGUCUCCUGCGGACCUAAACGUUGCUCGACCCUGCGAUCCCACCUGCCGCGGCACCAUAAACGCACCCCACCGUCGGUUUCUGCUCCCCUCCACCUCCGCCAGGCCAAACGAGUCAAGCCAAGAGGGGAUGACAGCAUCACGUGGAAGAUUAAGAACUGGAAACUAUCUCCAUGUUAGCAGCUCUGUAGAUGCACGUGACACGUUUAGGAUCUCAGUUCCCUCGCAGUUUAUUUAUGCGGCGGUACCGAGCUCGGUUCUGAUGCUGCCCCGUCCUGAUCACAGUUUUAAGUGAGGAUGGCAAAAGAAUUAGGCUUGACAGUCAAAAACUUGACCGUAAAUGUUUAAUCGAUCUUUACUGGAUCGUCACAAAACUGAAUUAGGUUUUAAGCUGUUUUAGCAUAAAAAUAUUCACACAGUAAUAGUUAAUAAAAUGGUGGUACCAAUGCGUUUUGGGAAAAAAAAAGUCCUAACAAGAGCAUUGAACCUUAGCAUCUUCAGACCGACAUUACAAAAUGCCGAUUUAUCUACAGUUAAAACUGGUUUUCAGGCCUUUAGUUAUAUUUUCAAUGUAUUUUAUUCUGUCAGAUUUCAGCUUGUUCGGUGACUUGCUGGUCAGAAAAUGAAAAAUCCAAAAAAAUUUCUGGGUCAGUAAAGGCACCACAUCUUAGCGCCAUCAGGUUGCAGAGACAACAAUCUUCAGUGUGGAAGUUGUUCCUGAGUGAUGACUCAGAGCUAGCUAUUAUCAAUGUGGUGUGUAAAAAAACGCUGACGUGUAAGAAGCUGAAAGGAAACUGUAGAGUCCAUGAUAUAUGGAAGCAUGUCUGAAGUUAAUUCAGGCUGCGAGAGAGUAGGACUUAUAGCAGAGAACAGGAAGGCUGAACAAAGUUAAGCGAAGGGGCUGUUUUGUUUUAUCCCUAUGAGCUUUAAACCUGUCUGUGAUGCUGGGUUUGCAAAUAUCAGUUGCAGUAGGAUCUUAAUUCACUCUUUUAGUAAUACUAGCCUCACUGACCAUGCUAACCGCUAACAUAACAUGCAAAUCAUUUCUGCCUUAAUCGUAUAAUAUCAAUAAAGUCUUGUUUUACAGGGAAUAAUCACUCACACAGCAGCAUGAUGUCACCGCAGCUUCUAAUAUAAGUUAAUCAUUAUCAGUCAUGGCAGGAAAGCUAAGAAAAAAUAAAUACUUUGAAUGGCGUUCCGUCAUAUUCCCUAGUCGUUUUUAAGGAAAGAUUGGUACCGGCGGGUCAAACCAUAGUCAGUUUAGAAAUUGGCCUCAAAAUUAUCUAAUGAGAAAGAAAAUCACCAUUUUGUUUUUCAUUAAUCAUUGAUUUCAGCCUGGUUUGACUUAAAGUAGAGCAGAUAAACCGAUGCAUGCUGCCCAGACUCACAAAGACUGUAUUUAUCGACCUCUCGUCUGCUCCUGUGUGAAUUAUUAUGCAGCAAAACACAAGGGAUCCUGUUAUAGGAGGAACUAUGACACGGUGUUAGGAUCUGUUUAGGCGGUCAGAAUAUUGUGUUCAGGCCUUAGCUUGAUUUUAUGAAGGCAAAUUGUGAUGGGAGGUAAAAACAAAAGAGUGCAAGCAGUAGGAUUUGCACAAGAAAAUCCAGCACCUUAGUUGAAACACGCACAAACAGAUGGAGGAUUUUAGUAACGGUUGGAUGAGAACGCGGAGGCUGAAGGAGCAGAGCAGCUUCCGUGGACCCCCGGUCAACAUCUGGGCGGACGUUCCUCCACCCGCAGGUUUCCAUAGACGCGGCUGGCUUAAGCUUCAGCUUGUGUGAGUAACACCAGUACUAUGUGGAGUUCUGCUUCUAGAGACUGGAACUUUGUCCGAGCCUUAACCCUGCAGCCGUCAGUCACCUGCCUUAGUUUUUAUUUUAUUUCUUUUAUUUGGCUGGACAUUCUUGAAGCAAAACUAUGUUUCUUUUUUUUUUUUUGCCAAAGAAUGUUUUUUUUCCACCGCACCCGCCAAGGCUGAAUCCAACCCAACCUUUAUACUGACGUAUUUUGUGGCUACUUAUGUUUACACACCGCUAUUAACUUAAAGUUUUAUUUAUUAAUUUGACGGGCAUAGUGCAUUUGUAUGAAAGUAGGUCAAGCUGAAACGAGCAGAUGUGUUGUCCUUAUCCAGCUGUGCUCUCAGUGAUGUAGUGAAUCCGCAGCUUGUCCGACUCGUCCCUGUAUGGUUCCCUGUUGCUGACCAACCAAUAACCGAUCAAUAAACCCAUGGAAGCCAGCGCAUCUCUGCCGCCUCCGUUGUUUCACAGCACCACAACAAAACAAGGCAUUCUUUU